AUGAUCAACGGAGGUUUUCCCGGUCCUACAAUCGAAGCCAACUGGGGUGAUACUAUCCAAGUCACUGUACAUAACCAGAUCGAAGACGAGGGCGUAGCCUUGCAUUGGCACGGAUUUCUGCAAACUGGCACACCUUGGGAGGACGGUUCCCCGGCCGUAACUCAGUGUCCUAUUGCUCCUGGGAAGAGUUACACUUACAAGCUGCACGCCAACCUUUACGGUUCAAGCUGGUACCACUCUCACUAUUCUGCCCAAUAUGCUGGAGGUCUGACUGGCCCGAUCGUCAUCCAUGGGCCACCCGGCAUUGAGCUCGAGCAGUAUGAUGUUGAUAUCGGUCCUGUCAUGCUCUCGGACUGGUACCAUGCCGAGUAUUUCGAUUUAGUUGAACAGACCAUGACAAAUACUGAGUUUGUCCCCGUUUAUGCCGACAACAAUCUGAUUAAUGGGAAGAUGAACUUCAACUGCCCUACUUUGCCGCCUCGACACAAUAGUACGCCACCCUGCUUUGACAAUGCUGGCAUAUCGAAGUUUCGGUUCAAGAGGGGAAAGAAGCACCUUCUGCGUUUGAUAAAUUCUGGUUCAGAGGGCUUGCAGCGGUUCUCAAUCGAUGGGCACAUUCUCAAAGUUGUUUCGAACGACUUCGUCGCCAUCAACCCUUACGAGACUAAAGUUGUCACUCUAGGCAUUGGCCAACGUACAGACGUCGUUGUGACUGCAAACGGAGAGCUCGACGCAUAUUGGAUGCGUAGCAAUGUUUCCAGAAUCUGUGGUCUUAACAACAGCCCAGACGCGGUGGCAGCUAUCUACUAUGACGACACAGAUGAUAAGCUGGAGCCAGGGUCGCAGGCAUGGAACGUUCCGGAUCCAGGGACAUGUGCGAACGAUGACCUCGAGAUUACCACGCCAAUCAUGGAGUUGAGGGUUCCAGAACACGAUUUGUAUCUCGAAAUGCCAAUCGAUCUGUUUGUCAAUGGGUCUGGAGUUACGCUUUGGUCUAUGGAUGGAGUUUCCUUCCGAGGGAAUUACAAUAGUCCAACAUUGUUACUGGCCAAUCUUGGGAACUUGACCUUUGAAGAAGAGUGGAAUGUCCGAAAUUUGAAGGAUUCCAAGAGUGUCAGAGUCAAUGUGAUUAACAAUUCGAACACCUCCCACCCAAUUCACAUGCACGGAUUCAACAUGUAUAUUCUUCAUGAAGGCCCUGGAACGUGGGAUGGCACCAUAAUUAACCCACACAACCCUAUUCGUCGUGAUGUGUAUCAGCUACGGCCUGAUGGGCAUCUGGUAAUCCAGUUUGAUGCUGCCGCUAACCCAGGCGUAUGGCCAUUUCAUUGCCACAUUGCAUGGCAUGUAUCUGCAGGCUUUUUCAUUCAGUUCCUAACCAACCCCGAAGAAGUUGCGAAGAUGAGAGUCCCCAACGUUGUUGCUGAGACAUGUCGUCAGUGGGCUGAGUGGACGGGAACCAACGUCCCAGCCCAGAUCGAUAGUGGUCUCUGA